GCGUGGUUGGUUGGUUCCGGAAGACGUGGCGCCAGCCUCUGUUCCGCUCAGUGCCAGCAACAAGCACUUCAUAACUGUUACAUCAGAUAUUUAGCUAUUUUGUGUUGUUUAAAAUCAACUGAAGUGUACUAGCGCAAACAUGAUUUCGCUAACGGAUUCACAAAAAAUCGGGAUGGGGCUGACAGGCUUUGGGGUGUUUUUCCUUUUCUUUGGUAUGAUUCUGUUCUUCGACAAAGCGCUUCUUGCCAUUGGAAAUAUACUGUUUGUUGCAGGUUUGUCUUUUGUCAUUGGCUGGGAGCGCACAUUUAGGUUCUUCUUCCAGAGACACAAAGUGAAGGCAACUAGUUUCUUCCUGGGGGGAGUGCUUGUGGUGCUGAUUGGCUGGCCCAUAAUUGGAGUUGUCCUAGAAGUCUAUGGUUUCUUUCUCUUAUUCAGGGGCUUUUUCCCAGUGGCAGUGGGCUUCAUCAGGAGGGUGCCUAUCCUUGGGUCUCUGUUGAAUCUCCCAGGGAUCAGUGGAUUGGUGGACAAAGUUGGCGAGAGCAACAACAUGGUAUAACAAUAAUUGGUUAUUGCUUUGAGAGGAUAUCACCUAUUUAUAAUAGCUAUUAUUGAUGACUGUAUUCCAUGUUGGGCUACACUAUCCCAUUGUAAAGGUCAAAGCUGUGAAUCAAAACCUCAUACUGCUCAAAGGAAAUUAUAAUUACGCCUCGGCAACUGACUGACACAUUUCCGACCUAAGGAAAUGGCCAUGAAUUUUUGUAGCCAUUGGAUAUUCUGACCAAGGGACAUUGUCAAGGCCCAAAUUGGGCCCCCCUCAGUUUCUUUACUCCUCUUGACUGUCUGAUGAUGGUCGACAUGUCUGGACCAACCACUGGAUGGAAAGCUCUAUUAAGGAAGGCAGGAGCAUGUUACAGCAACCUUUCAAAUAGAAUGUUGUGCCUGUGCAGCUAAGAGAGUAUUUUGGUUUGUUUUGAUCAAGUGUUUCUGAAAUGUACAGUGGAUGAAAGUGUAGGUGGUGUCACAACCAACCAUAGUAGACCAGCAAGCGCACCAUGGGUCAUGUGUGCAUCUACAGUACAUAGACUGCUGGUCUCACUCAGUCACUUUGUAUUAAUACGUAAAGAGGCUUGUCAGAUGUUUUACUUAAUGUAACUUUUGUAAAUACAUACUUGAAAUAAAGUGUGUUUUUUUAUAA